AUGUCGGGCCAGAGUUUCAAGAGAGAAUACAUCAUCUUGGAGAGGAACUGUGGGCCAGGGAGCUUCUUCAAUAUAUACCCUCGACACAGGAAACUCAUCAGCAUCAACAAGAUCUACACAGGGAGGCGGAACCGCGAGUUCAACCUUCGUCACGAUUGGAACUCCCUCCUGAGUGACAGGCCCGACCUGCUGCUUCAGCGAGUCAGCCGGGAGCUCUACCCAGACGCAGACUCAUUCCCCCGCUACCUCUCCAUGUAUGUGAAGGAGCUGGGGCUGAAGGUCCAGUAUGGGGUGGACAUCGGGAAGAUCAGGGCCUUGGAGUCUGAAUCACCUAGAGGCAGGGGAUACAUACUGACUGACCAGCGUGGACUGGACUAUACAUGCAGAGUCCUCCUGGUGUCCACAGGACUGUGGGAUCCUCAGAAGGUCCAGUUUGAGGGCUCAGACCUGGUAGAGGGCUAUGAGUCCAUCCCUGUGGACCCAGAGGAGUAUAAGGACCAGGCCGUGCUGAUCCUGGGUAAGGGGAACUCAGCAUUUGAAACAGCUCAGAGCAUCCUGGGUCGGGCCAGCCGGAUCCAUCUCUACAGCCCGAGCCCGGUCCGCCUAGCCUGGCAGACACACUACGUCGGAGACGUCAGAGCUGUGAACAAUGAGCUGCUAGACACGUACCAGCUAAAGUCCCUUGAUGGGCUGGUGGAGGGAGGCCUUGAGGACAUUGCUAUCGUCAGAAAUGGAGAGGAUGAAAAGAAGCGCUCAGGCAGAAAGAAGAAGUGCAGAUCCAGUGGGAAGGAAAAGCGUGGCAAGUUGUUCCUUACUCUAUCUGAGCUUCUGGACAGUUUGGAUGGGAAGAACAGUUCAAAGGUCACAGCGACAAACCUGCCUGUUUACCACAAUGACAACUUCUCUCUCCGCCAGCCAUAUGAUCGUGUGAUCCGCUGCCUGGGGUUCCGGUUCAACUUCAGCAUCUUUGAUGGCUCGGCCCGCCCACCAAGCAGUGAGGGUGCCAGGGGGCAGUUGCCAGGGGUGACAGCCUGGUACGAGGGGCGGGGAACCCCAGACCUUUUUGUUCUGGGGACGGCAGCCCACUCAAGAGACUAUCGCUCUUCUGCAGGGGGGUUCAUCCAUGGCUUCCGAUACACAGUGCGUGCUGUACAUAGAGUCCUUGGGCUGCGUUACCAUAGCAACCCCUGGCCAGCAAUCAAACUGUCAAGCAGUCAGCUGCAGUCCUGGCUGUUGAGGAGGGUCAAUGAGGCCUCCGGACCAUACCAAAUGUUUGGACUUGGAGACAUCAUUUUACUGAGAGGCUCUCACUGUGAGUACCUGGAGGAGUUUCCCCUCCAGGCCCUGCCCCAGUUCUCUUCUCUGUCUGGCCACCAGCUCUCCAAGCACGGGCUGCUGGUUCUGGUUCUACAGUACGGGCUGAACCGCACAGACUCACUGGGCCCUGGCAGGGCAGAGUCAGAGUGGACACGUGCUUGGAGGUCCAACUUCCUCCACCCUGUUCUAUACUACUACGACAAACUUCCCACUGAGGGACAUGAGACACCGUCCUGUUGGCUGGCCACUGCCACGGCCCAAGGCAGUGCAUCACAUGAUCGAGGACUUCUUGACUGAGUGGGAUGGGCCCAUCUCCCACAGCCAGCCACUGCGGCGCUUCCUGGAACACUGUCUCCACACUGACCUCAGGGCCUUCUAUGCAGAGUCAUGUUUCCGCUUAUCUCUUACCAAUCGAAAGCCACCCCUGUUUUGUCGUCAGGGAUACCUGAGGAAGCAUGGGAUUGUUAGGAAUAGUCAGCUGUGGCAGCAUGCCCAUGAAGCUGGGCUAAUGCCUGGAGGACAGGACUCUGCAUCCACAGACACAGACCCAGCGUUCCCUGAUUACCUUACACGAGCUGGAGCCUCAGUGUCCUCUGCAAUAAACCUUGACUUCUGAUUGUUUACCCAAGGAUCCCAAAACUAAGCCUACGACAGUUUUGAUGUCCCAAGACAUUCUCUACCUCCCAUUAUAAUGUCCAUGAAUAUAUACAGAGUCUACAAAACAUUAAGAACACCUUCCUUAUAUUGAGUUCCACUCCCUCUUUUGCCCUCAGGACAGCCUCAAUUUGUCGGGGCAUGGACUAUAAGGUGUCGAAAGCGUUCCACAGGGAUGCUGGCCCAUGUUGACUCCAAUGCUUCCCACAGUUGUGUCAAGUUGGCUAGAUAUCCUUUGGGUGGUGGACCAUUCUUGAUACACACGGGAAACUGUUGAGCGUGAAAAACCCAGCAGUGUUGCAGUUAUUGACACAAACCGGUGCGCCUGGCACGUACUACCAUACUCUGUUCAAAGGCACUUAGAUAUUUUGUCUUGCCCAUUCAGCCUCUGAAUGGUACACAUACACCAUCCAUGUCUCAAUGCUUAAAAAUCCUUCUUUAACCUGUCUCCUCCCCUUCAUCUACACUGAUUAAAGUGGGUUUAACAAGUUACACCAAUAAGUGUGUCAUGGAAAGAGCAGGUGUUCUUAAUGUUUUGUACACUCAGUUUGUAUAUACAGUACCAGUCAAAAGUUUGGACCACCUACUCAUUCCAGGGUUAUUAUUAAUUUUUACUAUUGUCUAAAUUGUACGAUAAUAGGGAAGACAUCAAAACUAUGAAAUAACACAUAGAAUCAUGUAGUAACCCAAAAAUUGUUAAACAAAUCAAAAUAUAUUUUAUAUUUCAGAAUCUUCAAAGUAGCCACCCUUUGCCUUGAUGACAGCUUUGCCACUCUUGGCAUUCUCUCAACCAGCUUCAUGAGAUAGUUACCUGGAAUGCAUUUCAAAAAGUUAAUUUGUGGAAUUUCUUUGCUUAAUAGGGUUGGUAUAGAAAUAGCCCUAUUUGGCAAAAGACCACAUCCAUAUUAUGGCAAGAACAGGUCAAAUAAGCAAAUGACAGUCCAUCAUUACUUUAAGACAUGAAGGUCAGUCAAUAUGGAACAUAUCAAGAACUCUGAAAGUUUCUUGAAGUGCAGUCGCAAAAACCAAGAGCUAUGAUGAAACUGACUCUCAUGAGGACCACCACAUGGAAGGAAGACCCAGAGUUACCUCUGAACUCUGCUGCAGAGGAUAAGUUAAUUCGAUUUACCAUCCUCAGAAAUCGGCAAUUAACUGCACUUCAGAUUGCAGUCCAACUAAAUGCUUCACAGAGUUCAAGUAACAGACACAUCUCAAAAUCAACUGUUCAGAGGAGACUGUGUGAAUCAGGCCAUUGUCGAAUUGCUGCAAAGAAACCACAACUAAAGAACACCAAUAGGAAGAGGAGACUUGCUUGGACCAAGAAACACGAGCAAUGGAUGUUAGACUGGUGGAAAUCUGUCCUUUGGUCUGAUGAGUCCAAAUUGGAGAUUUUUAGUUCCAACUGCCGUGUCUUUGUGAGACGCAGAGUAGGUGAAUGGAUGAUCUCUGCAUGUGUGUUUCCCACCAUGAAGCAUGGAGGAGGAGGUAUGAUGGUGUGGGCGUGCUUUGCUGGUGACACUGUCAGUGAUUUAUUUUGAAUUCAAGGCACACGUAACCAGCAUGGCUACCACAGCAUUCUGCAGCAAUACACCAUCCCAUCUGGUUUGCACUUGGUGGCACUAUCAUUUGUUUUUCAACAGGACGAUAACCAAAAACACACCUCCAGGCUGUGUAAGGGCUAUUUGACCUAGAAGGAGAGUGAUGGAGUGCUGCAUAAGAUGACCUGGCCUCCACAAUCAGCCGACCUCAACCCAAUUGAGAUGGUUUGGGAUGAGUUAGACCGGAGAGUGAAGGAAAAGCAGCCAACUAGUAAUCAGAAUAUGUGUUAACUCCUUAAAAACUGUUGGAAAAGCAUUCCAGGUGACUACCUCAUGAAGCUGGUUGAGAGAAUGCCCAGAGUGUGCAAAGCUGUCAUCAAGGCAAAGGGUGGCUACUUUGAAGAAUCUAAAAUCUAAAAUAUGUUUUUAUAUUUGUAACACUUUUGGUUACUACAUGACUCCGUAUGUGUUAUUUCAUAGUCUUGAUGUGUUCACUAUUAUUGUACAAUGUAGAAAAUAGUAAAAAUAAAGAAAAACCCUUGAAUGAGUAGGUGUGUUCAAACUUUGACUGUAUAUUCCAAAUACAUUGGUUGAACAACCAUCCUGAUUCCUCUUGAGAGUUGACAGCUUAUCCCAUUUUAUUCCUUAAAUCAUAUUUAUAUAUUACACUAAAUUGUGGCAUGUUUUAUAUGAUGGAACUUUAGAUUUGAAUGUGUGUACAAACAGUAUGGGUGAUGUUGGGUUUUAAUUGCAUUGUGAUCUAUGAAUUAUGCAUUAUUUAUUUUUUUAUACUAUUUGUGUAGGCCUACUACUGUUAUUUAUCUGCUUAGGGUAGCCUAGUGGUUAGAGCAUUGGACUAGUAAAAGGUUGCAAGUUCAAAUCCCCGAGCUGACAAGGUACAAAAUCUGUCAUUCUGCCCUUGAACAGGCAGUUAACCCACUGUUCCUAGGCCGUAAUUGAAAAUAAGAAUGUGUUCUUAACUGACUUGCCUAGUAAAAUAAAGGUCAAAUGAAAAAAAAAAAAUAUGUUGCAACAGAUGUAAGACAUUAAAGAGAGAGAACAUAAUGCUCAGAUGUUUCCAUGUUUUUGUAGUAUUAUACAGUGUACAUGGUUAUGGGCAAAUAAUAUUUCUUGAAUUUCUUCACUCUAAAUUGUAUCUGGUUUCAAGAUUUAUUGAGUGCAACAGCAUCCAUGAUUUUAUUCAUAAUAUCAAAUUUGAUUAAAGAUUCAAUGGUCCUUGCUAUCCGGGACACCCCCAUUGAAGUUGAAACGCAUAAAGAUUAGGGUAAGGGUUAACAUUAUGGUCCGGAGGAGCUCAUAUAGAACUAACCAGAUAUUGAAUACUGAAGCACACAUCUCGCCUGUCCUGCUUGCUCAUUUGCGUAUUUUGCACGGGGGUGGGUGCUUUGUUUCGAGAGAACGAACAACGUAGGCUCUGAUUGGUAAUAGUCAUUGUCAACGUU